UUGACCUCUCGUAGGGCGCAGAGAAGCUCUUGAGGCCUUUCUUGUUCGUGAGUGGAGAAGAAGCAGCAAAUCGAAAUCGACCAAAAUCAACUCGAAAUUUCGUUGGCUAUUGGAGAUUAUUGCAUCAUUUCAAUUGCAUGAGGGGGGCGGUGCACUGUGUGUUAGAAGAUGGACAAUUCCAACUCUUCUGUGUCUACUUCAAAUUCUCCACAAUUGUCUGCAAACCAGCUUCCAACUUUUGUCACACAGCAAAACUCAGUUCAGAGCAAUAAACAGUCACAGUCUUCAUCAAUUCCAAUCAAUCCACAAGUGGAAAAUAUUCAGCAAGUUUCUAGUAGUGCAGGAUCAAUUAUGGUAAUUCAACCUGGUAUCCCAUCAGCAGUUGGUCUUGUUCCAGCAUCAGGCGCGUCUUCCCAAGUAGUCUCAGCUGGUCAAGCUCAGGCAUCUUCAGAACACCCACAUAUUGGUGGAUUAUAUACAACUGCAACUGGGCUACCACCAGAGUAUGUCAUACCUGGAACAAAUAUGAUUUCAUCUGGAACACAAGGUUUCCAUGUUCAUGUGCCAGUUAUGUCACAACAAGAAGGGGGAAGUGAAGAUGGCUCAGGAUAUCGAGAAAUGGAUGAAGAUAGUAGGGGAGACAAAGAUGAACUUCGAGAGCAGGAUCGUUUUUUACCAAUUGCCAAUGUUGCAAGAAUAAUGAAAAAGGGUAUUCCGAAGCAAGGCAAGAUUGCAAAGGAUGCAAAAGAAUGUGUUCAGGAAUGUGUGUCUGAAUUUAUUAGUUUUAUAACUAGCGAAGCGAGCGAGCGGUGUCAGCAAGAGAAAAGGAAGACUAUAAACGGAGAAGAUAUUUUGUUCGCAAUGUCAACACUUGGAUUUGAUAACUACGUUGACCCACUAAAACAAUAUCUGGCAAAGUACCGUGAUUCGAUAAAAAACGAGAAAGGUGCCAUGAAUUCCUCUUCAGAGAAUAUUAGGGUUGAAACUGAUCAAGACAUGGAUGAAAAUGCCGAGAACAAUCCGCAAUCAAUCCAGUUUCAAGUUGCUGGAACAGCCAUACACCCAAGCAUGGUCGCAGGUGAUCAGCAGUCAUCCACCAUAUACACGUACCCAGCUCCGCUUCAAGCAUCCACUCUGCAUUUCCAAUAGAGCAUGCGCAGCAUCAACAUAGCACUUUUAGUCGUCAGCAACCCGUUUCACCUGCAGUAUCUGCGCAUGUGACAAGGGCUGCUGUGACAUGCAGCUGAAUUCUGUUGCAUACCAAGCAUAACAGAAUACAUUGCAGCUGGUAACGAAUGCUCCAGCUUUGACAGGAAUGUUGGGGGCUAAACUAGCUCUGGAUUUGGUAUACUCGAUCAAUAUUGAACUAUAUCUAGAAUUUCUAUGCAGGAUCGUGGACACUGCAAUGGGUGGUGCAACCAAGCACAACUCAAUGCGAUAUAGCCAGUCUUUUUUUACAUCAGAUAGCGUUUUCAAGUUGAUAGUUGAAAAAAAACGAUUUAAACAAGGUUAAAGUUAACACCAUGCUCAUUCAUUUUGUAAAACUCCUGUAAAAUAGUGACCAAAAACUAAGCAAUGGUUAACCAGCAUUGUCUUUAAAAAACAUUUUUAUCUUAGAUAUAUAUGCCAUUUAGAUGAAAUAACAAGAUCAAUUAAGUUUAAUAUUAUCUGGCCGUGAAUUAACGUUUUUGUAAGAAUGUUUUCAGCUGAACAUCUUUGUAUAAGGGAAAACCAGAUGUUAUCUUGCUUUGAUAUUACUGUAGGUUCUGUUGCAAGGCAGCAUUUUGGGAGUUUGUAUUUCAACAAAUCAAAUCACGAGGAACAACAAUUAAAUAAACUUUGGAUUUCGCAUUUUUACUUGUAAUUUCAUAAAACGUGGUGCUUUGACACCGAAGCCAACGGGUUCUUAUGUACCUAAACACGUUCAUGAGGAACAAAUGCAGUAUAAAACUUUUUAUAAAAUGUAAAAAACACUCGAAACUAUAUAGAACGUUUCAUAAAACGCAACUCCAUAAGAAACACUAAUGAUUACUGUAGACAAAUUAAGACAUUAUGUGAGGUUUCUUAAGGUUGGUACGUAUCGACUAGGUUAAUGUAAACGCGGAUGUUACCUAAAUCGUGUACAUAAAAUCUUUAUCUGUAUAUAUUCAUGACUUGUUUUCUUGUAAACGCAUUAGAUUUAAGUAGAAUGCACAUAUUUAUGUGAGAAUUGCA